CAGCCUCGCCGGUGGCCGGAGUUGGCGGCCGGCGACGUCGAUCCUUCCGCCCUUGCAUGGUGACGAGCCCUACCCGGGACUCCCACGCGAUGGCCGAUGGUUUUGACUUCCAGAGAGCAUCGACCAUGUCGACCUAAGGAAAGGCUGGUGCUCCUUCGGGACGGUGGGGCGAAGGUGGACGUAACUCCCCCCCAAGGACACAGAUGCUGGUGCUCCCACUGGGCGGCGGGAUGCAGCUUGAGUUCGGGCGCACCAGGACGUCCAACAUUCAUGGUGGAGGUGGGCGGCAACGGCUGCGGUCACGCCCGCGACCUUGUCGGCAUGCUGCCGGUGGCGAACGUCGAUGACGGCGGUCGAAGCAGCACGAGACAGAGUUGGCUUGAUGGGGAUCUUGCGAGGUGCACGGGUGGUGGCCAAUGUCGAGGGGAUCCAGAUCCCACAACACAACAGUUUUUGCGGCGGGGGAGAUUGCAAGAACGACUUUAGUUGCAAAAACUAGUCUAGGAGGGCCUGAAGAGUGUUAAGGAAAUGCUGCAUCAAAACCAUAAGGAAAAGAGGAAGGUGAUGACUGAUAUUGAUCACCUCAAGCGCCUCUGCAUCGACCACUAUUUCCAAAACGAGAUCAAUGAUGGCAUGGAUGCGUGCUUGAAUCUUGUUGACAGUGAUGAUCUACUAGAUGCAACACUUUCCUUCAGGCUACUGAGAGAAGAUGGAUAUGAUAUUUCAGCAGAUGAGGUUCUUCAAAAGUUUGUCAAUGAAAACGAGGACUUCAACGUUGAUCAUACCAAAGACAUCAGAGGGUUGCUCAGCUUGCAGGACAUAUCACACUUGAACAUGGGAGAAGCAUCACUAUACAAGGCAAAUGACUUCUCAAGGAAACACCUCACUUCUGCAAUUAAACACUUGGACCUAAACCUUGCAAGAUAUGUGAGGCAUUCACUGGAUCAUCCCUACCAUGUGAGCCUGAUGCAGUACAAGGCUAGACACCACCUGAGCUAUUUCCAGAGCUUGCCCACUCGGAACACUGCAAUGGAGGAGCUGGCACUUGCAGACUUCAAGCUUAACAAGUUGCAGCAUCAGAUGGAAAUGCAAGAGGUUAAGAGAUGGUGGAUGGGCCUGGGAUUGGCUCAAGAAAUACCAGCUACGCGUGACCAAAUUCUUAAAUGGUACAUGUUUCCCAUGACUAUCCUCCAGGGGCAAUCCUUCUCCAGAUACCGGAUUGAGAUAACCAAAAUCAUUGCAAUUGUCAGUAUUGUGGAUGACAUCUUUGAUGUUGUUGCAACACAAGAGGAGCUUUCUCGCUUCACCGAGGCAAUCAGAACGUGGGAUCUUGCAGCUGCUGCAUCACUUCCAAGCUACAUGAGAUCAUGCUACAGUUCUCUUUAUACAAUCACAAAUGACAUCGCAGAUAUGGCUGAAAGAGAACAUGGGCUGAACCCUAUUGAUCAUCUCAAAAAAGAUUGGGCCAUGCUUUUCGAUGCAUUUUUGCUUGAGGCGAAAUGGUUGUCUGCUAAUCAUGUUCCUUCCCUAGAUGACUACCUAUCGAACGGCGUCAUCACUACAGGAGGACCACUUGCACUUGUGCAUCUCUUUUCCAUGCUAGGACAUGAUCCAACAAGGGAUGCUACAAACCUCACGGCCGGCCGUAUCCCUCCGAUAAUCUCCUGCCCGUCAAAGAUCUUGAGACUUUGGGAUGACAUGGGCAGUGCCAAGGACGAAGCGCAAGAUGGCCUGGACGGAUCAUACAAGGAGUUGUACCUGAAAGAGAACCCCGGUGGCGACGCGAAGGGGCAUAUGCUGGCGCUGAUCGAGAGUGAGUGGGGGGAGCUCAACAGGGAGUGCUUCUCCAGGAGGACAUUCCCGCCCAGCAUGACCCGGAUCUCGCUAAACCUCGCGAGGAUGGUGAGGGUCCUCUUUGGCUACGGCGAAGGGCAGACGCUCCCCGUCCUUGAGGAGUACAUAAGGAUGCUCUUGUUAUGAAUCAUGCCCACACAAUCAGGAAUCGAGAGGAUGACAGAACCAGAGGAAAGCUGGGGUUUUCCCAUGAAAAUCCUGCUUGAGGAUUCUGCAGUUCCCCCUAUAUUCGCCAUAGUGAAAGAAUAUACUUUGUAGAAUGACACAGUCAAACUUUUCUAACAUUGACUACAUUUUUAUAAAUAGUGGUAAAGUGGAAAUUGUAUAA